AUGAAGGCCGAGUGUUCUUCUGAAAAUGAAGUUCAGAAUUCUGAAAAAACUGAACAGUUGGAGAAAGAAAAACGUUUAAGGUUGAUUGUUUUCCGUACAAUAGUGCAGCUUACUGAUACUGUCAGCACGGAUUUCUUGCUUCAGAAACUAAACUACCUUGACGUCAAUAGUUGGAUGGAAGUUGUUGAAGAACGCUAUCUUGGUCGAUUAUGCGGAAUCCCAAUUUGUUCGAAUGCUGUUGUUAUGAGGCCUUUUCAGAAGUACCGGAUAGACAGGAUAAAUAAAAAGGUCUUCGAACGAAGUACGGACAGAGAUAAAUUCUGUAGUGAUAGUUGUUUUUCGCUUUCCAACAGAAUACGUCUUCAACUUUUUGAGGAACCGUUAUGGCUCCGCGGCAUGGAGAAACGUGAGUUUGCUUCAAUUGUUGCGUUAGCCCAUCAACUCUUUUUUAUCUUUAAAUAUCUAUUGGACGCUCGUUACGACUUUUCUGGAUUCUUAUUUACUGUUGGCGAAAGCAAUGAAACCGAUGAAGAAGAAAGUGAGGACGAAGAGAAUAUGAGGCGAGCGGAGGACGACAGAUUAUUUGUUGACGAAAUUGCAAAUUUUGUAUCGCAGAAAGUUUUCAUUUCGGGCAACAGACAUUCUGGUAAAAAGCAUGGUAUUUCGUUUGGUGCUUCUUCUGACUUGAUUCCUCGUAGUGAAAUUUCGUCAGUUGAUGAACCUUGUCAAAAUAUGCGUUCCGAAUCUGAACGGUUGGCUAAGAUCCGUAGCAAGUAUGGAGAUCUUAAGUCAAAACGAGGUCCAUUACUUGUUGAAGCAAAACCUUUGGACCAUUCUGUGGCGAAAAAAAUGGGUGAAUUUGACAAAGAGAUAUUGCUGAAUCUUGCUAGAAGAUUUUUUGGGGACAGAUCGCUAGACUUUUUGCGGCAUAAGGGGAGAGUUGAUUCUGAUGACGAUAUGCUCUCUGAAGCAGAAAUAUUGAUGAAGCAGUUUUACGCUGGAGAAAGAGCUAAUGAAAAACCUGCGGAUGAAAUUCUUUUGCCGAAAAUUGAUAACAUUGAUCAGUUAUCAUUAAGAAAAGAUGUUUUUGCAAGAUUUGUUAAGCCUAGCUUCUCCAACUUAGAAACAUUGUUAAAAUUGCGUGGUUUGUACGAGAAGGCCCAACCGCUUCUUUCUACUCUCACUUUGGACUCAUCAAAUGUUGUCUUAGACAAAUUCGAAGCUCAUCUGUUUGUGGCAUUCUUGUUCUACUUGGUCUCACAUUGUGAAGAUACGCUUGGAAAGUAUGUAUUUCCUGGUGGGAAACCCAGUGUGCCUUUCAAGAGUUUUGUUGAGGAUGCUGGUUGCACUUUUGAUGCUUUUAAUGCUGCAGUUAAUGAGUUUUUAAACAACCUAUGA